AGCGCGCUUAGGGAGGCGGCGCCUACGGCCCGAGCCCUUCCGGCCUGGCGCGGCCUAGUCCCGCAGAAAGCGCCGCGCCGCCGCCCGGGGAUGCUCCUGCUGGCCCUGGGCGACCCCGGGAUGGAGCCGGCCCGGCCCGCGCUGGUCAUCCGCAUCCGCAUCCCGGACGGCGGCGGCGCCGUGGAUUGGACCGUGCACCCCGCGCCGCAGCUGCUUUUCCGGGACGUGCUGGACGUAAUCAGUCAGGUUCUUCCUGAUGCAACGACAACAGCUUUUGAAUAUGAAGAUGAGGAUGGCGAUCGGAUUACUGUGCGCAGCGAUGAAGAAAUGAAAGCUAUGUUGUCCUAUUAUUACGCAACUGUAAUGGAGCAACAGGGAAAUGGACAGUUGAUCGUACCCCUGCAGAUCUACCCAAGAGCUUGCAAGCCUCCUGGGAAGAGGAACAUACAUGGCCUGAAGGUAAAUACGCGAGCAGGGUCUGCUAACAAUAGCAGUGCGGCCAUCCCAGACUCCCUUCCAAGCCAUAGUCUGAAGAAGUCCUCCGCUGAGCUGAAGAAAAUACUAGCAAAUGGCCAGGUGGAGAUGAAUGAACAAGACAUACGGUAUCGAGACAUCCUUGGGCACGGCAAUGGAGGAACCGUUUACAAAGCAAACCAUGUCCCCAGUGGGAAAAUACUAGCCGUAAAGGUGAUUCCUUUAGAUAUUACACUAGAACUUCAGAAACAGAUUAUGUCUGAAUUAGAAAUCCUUUAUAAGUGUGAUUCAUCCUACAUCAUAGGAUUUUAUGGUGCUUUUUUUGUAGAAAAUCGGAUUUCCCUUUGUACUGAAUUUAUGGAUGGGGGCUCCUUAGAUGUCUACAGAAAAAUUCCAGAACACGUCUUGGGAAGAAUAGCUGUAGCUGUUGUUAAAGGACUUACUUAUUUAUGGAGCUUAAAAAUUUUACAUAGAGACGUGAAGCCCUCUAAUAUGUUGGUGAACACAAGAGGCCAGGUCAAGUUGUGUGACUUUGGAGUGAGCACCCAGCUGGUGAAUUCCAUAGCAAAGACCUACGUCGGGACGAAUGCAUAUAUGGCACCAGAACGAAUUUCCGGAGAACAGUAUGGCAUUCAUUCUGACGUUUGGAGUCUAGGAAUUUCCUUCAUGGAGCUUGCUCUCGGGAGGUUCCCCUAUCCUCAGAUUCAGAAAAACCAGGGAUCUUUAAUGCCUCUCCAGUUACUCCAGUGCAUUGUUGAUGAGGAAUCUCCUGUCCUUCCGGUUGGGGAGUUCUCGGAGCCGUUUGUACACUUCAUCACUCAAUGUAUGAGGAAGCAACCAAAAGAACGGCCAGCCCCUGAAGAAUUAAUGGAAAGUGGAAGCUCUUUUGAUGGUUUGAGGACUCAGCAGGGCCACCUCUUUAUUGUGCAGUACAAUGACGGGAACGCCGAAGUGGUCUCCAUGUGGGUGUGCCGGACCCUGGAGGAGAGGCGCUUGCAGCAACAGGGAUCGUAGCGAGAGGAAGAGAGAUGCGCUGCCUCCCACGAGAUAGCAGCCUCUGAAAACUUCAUGGAAAAUCCAUUCCAGAGUUGAGCCUGUCAGGAUAGAGCUGGGGUCUUUUUCUUCAAGAAAUUCAACAGGUGUUCUUUGCCGCCCCCUGCCCCCCACUCUCACUGCAUUCUCAAGACAAUAAGAACAUAUAUUUUAUAAACCGAAUGUAUAUAUGUUGGCCUCCAAGUAUUUUAUACACUUUGGGGUCUUUGCUAGCUAAACAUAAGGACAUGAGCAGAAAAUGGAGGUCCUGUGGACUCAGUCAGGUGCCUGCUUUGGAUUGGGAUUUGAAACUGAACGUUAGAUGAUGGAUCGGCGAAAGAAAAUGGAUCAAGAUGAAAGAAUAUAAAAGUGUAAGCAGUAUCUGCCAAAGGGUGUGUGCUAGAUUUAUUUUUGGAACAGACAAGUGUGUGCUUGCACUAUCCCCAUACUCACUUCUAAUGUAGGACAAGGACAUUAGGAGAUUUUAGCAGAAGAUGCACAGGAGGGAAAGUUGGAUUGGGCUUUCAUUUUGCUGAUGUUUUUAUUAUGUUGAGCGGUAGAACAAUUCCGUGGGGUUGGUCUAAAGUUCAUUCGGAGGGGAAUUCUUGCCAAAACUACAGAAGAGGUGCUGCUGGCCAUGGCUGAUAGCAAAGUUGGGUCCUUUGAUUGGAAGCUUCCUUUGUUCCUAUUCAGCAAGCCUAAGAUAUACCUAAGUCACUGAUACCCCUCUCUCUCUCUCUCUCUCUCUCUCUCUCUCUCUCUCUCUCUCUCUCUCUCUCUCCCUCCCUCCCUCCCUCCCUCCCUCCCUCUCUCUCUCUCUCUCUCUCUCUGUAUCUUUCUCUCUCUCUCUCUUCCCCCAAAUGUUGCCUGAGGCUGAUGUGACUUAUCAUUCAUUAAAUGUGUAUGUUUGUUCAACCAACACCAAUGAAAGCUGCAAUAGCUAGGUUUUUAGAACACCAGGCUAAAUUGAACCUGGGCAGUUGGUGACUGAAGAUGAUCUGGGAAGCCAUACUGUCAAAAAUGGCCUAUUAACUUAGCAAGUUGUGUGAACUGUGCCAUCCUAUUAAGCUGUAAUGUUUUUAUAUGUUUAUUUAUUUGUCACACCAAUAUAUAUUCUGCCCAGACUCUUAAGUCCGUGAUGGUGAACCUAAGGCACACAUGCCACAGGUGACAUGCGUAGCCAUAUCAGUGGGCACACAAGCGCAGCUCCUGCGCACACGUGCACACGAUGUCCAGCUGAUUUUCAGGCGUUCUGGUCCCACCAGGAGUAGGAAAAUAGGCUGCUUCCUGCCUCUGGAGGGCCUCAGGUGGUGUUGCGAGAAGGCCUCUUUUUCUCCCUCACCUGGCUCCAGAGCCUCUCUAGGAGUCUGGGGGGACGAAAACGGCCUUCCCCACCCCCCAGAGGUCCUUUGGAGGUUGAAAACGGCCUGUUUUCCAACUUCCAGUGGCACCGGUAGGCCUGUUUUUUGCUGUCCCCAGCCUCCAGGGCCUCUCUAGGAGUCUGGGGAGGGUGAAAACUUCCUGUCCCACUGCAAGUUGGUAAAUGGGCCAUUUUCUGCCUCUGGAGGACCUCCGGGGGAGGGAGAGGCUGUUUUUGUCUCCCCCCCCCCCCGACUCCUAGAAGAGCUCUGGAGCUAGGUGAGUGAGAAAAACGGGCCUACUGGGCCAUCGCGUGCCAGGAACGGAGGGGGUCGCGGGGGCGGGGUACAUAGAAUUAUGAGUGUGGGCACGCACGCACACACGCCACCCCACCCCACCCCCCCAACCCUCCUGGCACACGAUGGCAAAAAGGUUAGCCAUCACUGCUCUAGGUGGUGUACAUGGAUAAUGCAAUUUAUCUGUUUAUAUAACAUUAUGGGGGAUAGCGAUUGCGUCGUCUUACCUAGUUUAGGGUUUAGCAUCUUAGGUGAAGCUACUGCAACUGAUCGAGGUGAAAUCGAUCCAUUAACCUCACCAAAGGGAGUCAUGUGUCAAAUGGAGACCAGCUCAAAGAAGUGAGGCUGGGAGUUUUGCAGUCCUCUGAUGUUUUAACCUUCAGUAGCUACUCUGCAAGAAGAACCAAAAACAGGAAGAAGGAAAUUGUGCUGUAAUCCAGUCCACCAACAACCUCUGGACAGAGUCUAAAAGGAGUCCAGCCUUUGAUAGCAAGGAAGGUUUCUCUGCACUCUAAAACAUGGACCUGUUGCAUUUAUGGAUUGCCCUAUUCAACUUUUGUCCCACGUCUAAAUAAUUAUGACAUUAAAAGAUUAUGUUGAAAGUUUAAGAA